AUGAUUGUGAUUCAACUGUUCACCGCCGUCUUCAAUGGCGUCCGUGCCAUGUACAAGUACAUUGUCGGUGAGUUUCAAGCACUUUUAGUCAUAGACACAAUUUCACACUCAUUUUUAACCGAUUUGUGAAUUGGGUCCAGGCGCUAUACAGAGUUGAAGAAUUUUUAUCUUUUUUAGAAAAUUUUUUCAUGGAAUGUGGCCAACUGACGAAAUGUAUAGCAAAGUGAACUCUGCUCAUAGAAAAAUAAUUGUAAAUUUAGCGAUUCAUACAAAAAAGUUAAGGGCUAACCGAAGACGGAAGGACAUUUUUACGGAACAAAUCGAAUAACUUUUUUGUAUGAAAAGCUAAAAUUACAAUUAUUUUUUUGUGAGCAGAGUUCACUUUGCUGUACAUUUCGUCAGUUGAUCACAUUUCAUGAAAAAAUUUUCUAAAAAAGAUAAAAAUGCUUCCAUGUUCUUCCGUUGAGUUCUUCCGCUCAACUCUGGCACUAUACGAUUCAGUUCGCAUUUUCAGUCUUUUUUCCAUCACAAUCGCUGAUCCAAAGGCCUGAACUCUUGUGUUUCGCUUCUCCGAACUCAAAAAUCCACUAUCAGCCGCGACGCGACACGCAACGCGUCCCAACUAGCGAAAUUUCAGAGAUCUGCUCGGGCCACAACGAGUGUGUGAUUCCGCGUGCCGGUGCGCUCGUCGCCGAGAUUCCGCUCGACGAGUUCGACGGAUUCGGCGAGGAUUUGAGCGACGGAGAAUGGUACGAGGAGGAGGAGGAGGACUACUCGUUCCCGGACGACGAGAUGGUGCCGGAGGAUCCGCACAUCGAUCGUGGAGACGAGGAGCGUCUCAUCUGA